UAUGCAAUAAUGAAGAGUAAAAAUUUUUCCAAAUGAUUAUAAUAAAAAAUUAGUAAAAUAAAAUCGAAUUAAUUAUCGAAUAUAUUGAAUUAAAGAGAAAAAAAAAAAAAACAAAAAAAAAUUUAUAUGAUAAAAGUAAUUUCAAAAUGAAAAAUAAAAAAAUGUUUCAAAGUUUGUAAGUGCCAAAAAAAAAAAAAACAAAAAAAAAAGGAAAUUCAAAAUUUUCACUUUCUCUUUAUAAUCCUUGUUUUUCAAACAAAAAAAAAAUUUUUCAAUAAAACUUAAUAAAAAUAACAUUGUAUUGUAAAACUAAUAAAAAAAAAACUAUACCAAACUGUUUGGGUACAGGGAUCAUCAUCCAAUACAUCAUCAUCAUCAUCCACAUCAUACAACUUCAACGGUAAGCGAAAUGUUGACUAUGGAAGCUGAUAUGAAAGGUGGCAUACUGCAUGCCACAAUGCCACCACAUCAUGCUUCGGCAGCUUUACAUGGCCAUGCAACAUCACCAUAUAGUGCAUUAGGUCCACUUGGUAUGAUGAAUUUAGGUCAAUCACAAUUAUCACAAUCACAAUUAUCACAUCAUCAUCAUAUGUCACCACAUAUAACAUCAAGUCAAAAUGGUGGUGGUCAAACACAAUUAGGAAAUUCAUUAACAAAUGGUGGAACAACAAUUAGUAAUGGACCAUCAUCAAAUAGUAUGCAACAACAACAACAGCAACAACAGCAACAACAACAACAUCAACAACAUAAUUCACAUGGAUCACCUUUACAUCAUCACAGUUCACUUAGCCCAAAUCAACCACAACGUAAUAAUGGUGGUGAUCCAAAUGCUCAUCAUCAUAUGACAUCACCGACGGGACAUCAUCAUCAUCAUCAUCCAAGUAUGAAUAAUAAUGUUGGUAAUGUUAAUAAUAAUAAUAAUAAUUCAACAAGUAAAAAUCAAAAUAUUGAUCGUGUAAAACGUCCGAUGAAUGCAUUUAUGGUGUGGUCACGUGGUCAACGUCGUAAAAUGGCAUCCGAUAAUCCAAAAAUGCAUAAUUCUGAAAUAUCAAAACGUUUAGGUGCACAAUGGAAAGACUUAUCUGAAUCAGAAAAACGACCAUUUAUUGAUGAAGCAAAAAGAUUACGUGCUGUACAUAUGAAAGAGCAUCCAGAUUAUAAAUAUAGACCAAGACGUAAAACGAAAACUUUAACUAAAAAUAAGGAAAAAUAUCCAUUAGGUGUUGGUCCAAUGUUACCAUCAGGCAAUCCACCACCUGAAUCAAAUAAUAUUCGUAAUUCAUCAUCGUCCUUAUCUGCAGCACAACAAGCAGCCGCUGUUAACCGUGAUAUGUACCAAAUGACACCAAAUGGUUAUAUGCCAAAUGGUUAUAUGAUGCACGAUCCAUCAGCCGCUGCCUAUCAAAAUCAACACAGUGCCUAUAUGGCCGGAAAUUAUCAUCGCUACGAUAUGGGGCAAAUGCAUCAACCAAGUUCGCUUAACUCAUAUAUGAACGCAGCCGCAGCUAGUGCUGCUGGUUAUGGUAUGUAUGGAGGUGUGUCUGGUGGUCAAACUUCACCGUAUGGCAGUUUGCAACAACCUGGCUCACCAUACAGUAGUAUACAACAACAACCUAGUUCUCCUUACGGUAUAUCCGGUGGAGGUUCCGCUGGUCAACCAGGUUCACAAUUAUCCUGCCAAAGUCAUAGUCCAAGUGAUUCUAGUGUUAAAUCAGAACCUGUUUCACCAGGACCAUUACAUAAUGCCUCAGCAGCUGCACAGCAGCAAGCUAAUAUUACAAAUAAUAAUUUAAUUAUGAAACGCGAAUAUGUACAACAGACAAGUGGAUCAUCAGAUUUAAAUCACUUGAUAAAUAUGUAUCAUAUACCGGAUGGUAUGCAAGCUGCAGCAGUUGCUGAACAUCAAAGAAGUUUACAAAUGCAUUAUCAAAGUAGUGUCUCGCCGGAUAUUCAACAACAGCAUCCGCAAUCGAUGCGCGCAAUGGCGCCAUUAGCUCAUAUGUGAGAAAUACCUACAUAUGGUUUAGUUCAUCAUGGUAGUCCAUCAUCAACACAACCCUCAAUUCAUCAUAAUUCAGUAUCAUCAACGCCAUCAAAUCAAGUGCUUCCACCUCCACAACAAUCAAAUUUGCAAUCGACAACAUCAUCAUCAGUAUCUCCAUCGAUCACAUCACAUACUCUUAGUAAUUUAAAUAUAAAUACUGGUAGUGCGACAAGCGGAAGCAAUGAUAGCAAUACUAAUUCUGGGAAUAAUCAUUUAAUAUCGAGUCAUUAUAUAACUCGACAUACAGAUUCUCCAGUUUCACCAGCGCCUACACCAUCAAUGCACCAUCAUCCUCAUUCAAUUCAUCAUUUACAUCAUUCUCAUCAACAACAAUCGCAACAACAGCAGCAACAUCCACAUCAUCAACAGCAACACAGUUAUAUUUCUGGUGCAAAUGCUGGUAUUCAAAUACCUUCCAGUACUUUAACAACAAUUGGUUUAGUUGGUUUACAUGAUGUUGGAAAUAGUAGCAAUAUAUCGUCCUCAACUGGUGGACUUAUGGAUAUUGCAACACUCUAAUGUAUAGAUAAAAUAUUUAAGACUAGAAUAGAAAGCGUAUAUACUGAACAUAGUAAGAUUUAAAUCACCCUAAUCAACAAACCAAUAAUGCCACCUAUUUUGUAAAAAAAAAAUUAAAGUGAAUAGUUCCAAUGCAAUUGCAAAUGUAGGAAAAUUGUAUAUAUAUUAAAUAAUGCACGAGUGAGGCUUAUGUAUAUACCUAUAUUAUAUGCAUAGAAAUACAUAUGUGUACAUAUAUAAUUGGAUACGCUCAACAAAGCGAGAAAUUAAUGUCAAAUAUGCCAGAUUGCACAAAUUCAAUGCUUUCUGAAUAACAACCUGCCAGUUUUACUAUAUAUGUAUAAGACUAUUUGUAUAUUAUAUUGAUACAUACGGAAUGCAUUUCAAAAAUGAUGAAGGGGAUUUAUCAUACUCUACAAUGUGGAAUACUAGGAAUCAGAAAACAAAUUAUAGGGUCAAUCAUCAAAAUUGAAAACAUAUAAAGGCAACAAACAUACGCAUAUGGGUAUAUAGAGGACAAAUCAAAGGAUUAUCAAUUACAGAUGUUCAGGUAGCAUGGGAUUAUGGGCGGAAGCUACCCAAAGCCUGCAUUCUAAUCAGAAAAAAUAUUAACUAUAUUUUACUUUCAAAGUACAUGAUAAGGGAUCUCACACCUGUUAAGGCCUGGACGAAAAUCAGAAAAAAUAUUAACUAUAUUUUACUUUCAAAGUACAUGAUAAGGGAUCUCACACCUGUUAAGGCCUGGACGGGCAUUUGCCCUACAAUCGGAAAUGCAAAAGCUGGAGGAUCACUGCAACAAAAAGUACUGCCCACUAAUCAUCGGAUGUGACUCAAACACACAUCACGAGGCAUGGGGCAGCAGAGAUACCAACAAUAGAGAUCACUGCGGUUACAAUUUUAAUGCACACUGAAAAGAUUUCGGCUGAAGAGAAAAACACAACAAACUGUCAAUUCCUCUCAAAAAAGUAUUGUUUGCAUAUUCUGUCACGACGGCGAUCAUCAACUUCACCCUGAAUGGAUAAAUAGGACUUUAGAAUAGAAAUAAACUUUGUUUUGGAUACGGCUGUGAAGAACGGUUAUUCUGUUUAAUCUAUUAACAAACUCAUUAAAAGGAAAAAACGAAAAAUUGGGCAGGAAAUGAAUAUUGAAAGAAUAUGAGUAAGUUGAAAACAGAACAGGUUAUUGGAAGAACAAAAAACGACAUGAGUAUCUUUUGUAAGUUUUGAUAAUAACUCUACGAAUUUGAUAAGUAAACAACUAAAGAAACACAAUAUUCGGACAUCUGAAACCAAUAGUAAAUACCAACUUGAGAACUUGUUAAAUUCAGCUAAGGAUACGAGUAAAUUGAAGAAACAUGAACGACACGGUGUAUACAAAAUCGAAUACCUGUUACAACAAGAGUAGGAAGAUAAAUAAAAGAGGUCAGAGGAAAACACACGAGAGAAGUUCAUGAAAUCAUGCAGAUACACAAAUCAAACAAAGACUGUCUACUGACCACGGACGAAGGCGAAUUAUGGGAUUGCAAAAAUGUAAUAAUUAUUAUUACUCCAAAUUACUCCGUAAGAGAAGAUGAGAGGAAUUCAUAAAGGGAUUGCUGUUAUCAGAUAAUAAAAAAGUUAAGCCAUCUACCGGUCAUCAGCAUGCUUGCUCUUCUCAGUUACUCCUAUAUGAUAAUGAGGCUAGUAAACAAACGUGCUAUUGCGAGCGUAUUAUGAUCAAAGUGCAGCUACAUGUUUUGGAUAUUAUGUCUCCUCCUAUUAACACACUCUAUUCGAUAUAAACACUAAUAAUAGUGCGCCUACUAUAGUAACGUUGGUAAUAAUAUGGACGGUGACACCAGUAAAUUAUAAUAAUGGCUGAGAAUCCUAUAGAGGCAAAUGGGGGUUGUGUUGGGAUUUACAUUAGAAGUGGGUCAAGAAAUUACAUAUUACGGUUGAGAAGAAUCACGUGAAAAUUGUCAGGGCAUCUUUAUAGGGGUCAUUGCCGAAUUGCGCCUGAAGGUUUUGUGAAAGUUGCAAGAAAAUUUAGAUUCACAUUUUCGUAGAAAUUGAAGCCUUGACCCACAAUAGAAAUAAGCUGUCGUACCAUACCCCCUUAUGGAACAGGAGCUAUACACAUUUGAUUUUCGCAAGAUAUUCGAAUUUAUUAGAGUUGGAGGAAGCCUUCAGUCGAACGCAUUCACUUUUAAACUGAUUGAUUUUAUCUGGUUGGCAGUGACGAAGGAGAAGUCUACUACGUACGUGUAAUUCACCUUUAAAAUCCCUCCGGUUUAACAAACCACUGGGGUCAAGUAUAACGAACCACAAUAAAUAAUGUUCUGUACUAGAUAUCGGCACGGAAAUAUAUACUGCACUGGGUAACACCACUCGAAUAUAUCGACAUAUAUUAGUGAAGUAGUUCAACUUUGCGUCUGAAUUCCAGAACAUGGUGGGUAAGGAACCGUUGUGUUCCAGCAACAGCAAAAUUUAAUUUACUUAGCGCAAUUAUGAUGAUUCAACAGAGCGGCAUUGGUGCAGUAUCAUUAUCUAGUUAGUCAUCAUGCGAAGAUUGCUAGCGAUUUCUGUAGAGACUAUCAUUAGAAGAAAGAGGAGAAGGAAGUCAUCCAUUCUUUUGUUUUUUGCACUGAGUCGAAGUUUGUUGGGAUCAUGCUUCUUUUAUGAAAUAGCGAAUUCGAUUAACAUAAGAACGGCGGGGGUUGUAUAGAAUCCGGUGAUAUUAAAUGCUACCCGGAACAUUUCGUUGUCUUUAAUAACAAAUAUUCUUUACUGUUAUUGGUUGUUUUGUAUAAACUAAAUUUUUACACUUUAAUAAUCAUGUUACACCAAUUUCACAAUUUUAACGAUUUAUAAGUAAAAAAAUACAUUAUGUAGAUGCAAUAUACAAACACAACAGCAA